AUGAAAGCUACUCCGCUGCUCAUCGCGUGGCACAACGACAACGCUCCCAUAUAUUCAGUCCAUUUCGAUCCCAAUGGCAAGGGUCGUUUGGCUACAGCUGGAAAUGAUAACAAUGUCCGCCUGUGGAAGGUAGAUUCAGUUGGCCAGGAACGAAAAGUGGCCUAUUUGAGCACAUUGGUGAAACAUACACAAGCUGUCAAUGUGGUCCGAUUCAGCCCGAAGGGUGAAAUGUUGGCGUCGGCUGGGGACGACGGCAAUGUACUGCUCUGGGUGCCCUCGGAAUUGCAAACACAGCCAGGACUAGGAGAAGAUCGGACGGACGACAAGGAAACAUGGCGUGUGAAGCACAUGUGUCGGUCUUCGGGUGCGGAAAUUUAUGACCUUGCCUGGUCUCCCGAUGGUGUUUUUAUCAUCACGGGGAGUAUGGAUAAUAUUGCUCGGAUUUAUAAUGCACAAACUGGCCAAAUGGUGCGGCAGAUUGCUGAGCACUCGCAUUAUGUUCAAGGAGUAGCCUGGGAUCCGCUUAACGAAUUUGUCGCGACACAAUCAUCCGAUCGAUCUGUCCACAUUUACAGCCUGAAGACGAAGGACGGCCAGUUCACUCUCACCUCACAUGGGAAGUUUCUCAAGAUGGAUUUACCAGCACGGCGCAUCUCGCGUGGCAGCCCUGCUCCUCCAGAUCUCUCUAUUCGAUCCCAACCCGCUACUAGUAAUUCCGUCGCCGUUGCUUCACCUGCUCCUUCGACCCCAGGGACACCGAUGACAUCGCACCUACCUAUGGACCCCCCUCCAGUGUCGCACAGCCGGAGGUCCUCCUUCAGCUCCUCACCAAACAUCCGCCGCUCCGCUUCGCCAGCUCCGUCUCUACCUCUCCCCGCAGUUAAGCCUCUGGAAGUGACGUCUCCGGGUCUGAGCGGGCUUGGAGUCAGGAACGCCAACAUAUACGCCAACGAAACAUUUACUUCUUUCUUCCGGCGACUAACUUUCACGCCCGACGGAAGUUUACUUUUCACCCCUGCAGGCCAGUACAAGACGUCGCAGGUUUCCCCAACAGAUCCUGGGAAGACAGUGGACGAGGUUAUCAACACAGUCUACAUCUAUACGCGGGCGGGAUUCAACAAACCGCCGAUUUCGCAUCUGCCGGGUCACAAAAAGCCCUCAGUUGCGGUAAAAUGCUCGCCCGUUUUUUACACUUUACGGGAGAACCCAGAACCAUCGAAGCAUAUCACCCUGGAUACUUCAACGGGGGAAGAUGGUUCAGCUACUAAUGAUGCGGGGGCGAGUGGUCCGAGCGAUAGCUCUACCAAGGAGUCGGCACCGAAGUCUGGCACUGGUGACGACUCUAAAACGGCGGCGAAUCAACUCCCACCUCCUGUAUUUUCUUUACCUUAUAGGGUCAUCUAUGCGGUAGCCACACAAGAUGCCGUUUUGGUGUAUGACACGCAGCAGCAGGCGCCGCUCUGCGUGGUGAGCAAUUUGCAUUUUGCUACGUUUACAGAUCUAACCUGGUCGAAUGACGGCUUGACUUUAAUCAUGAGCUCGUCUGAUGGUUUCUGCUCUACUCUCUCUUUUGCUCCAGGUGAACUGGGACAACCUUACACCGCGCCAAUAACCGCACCACAAACAACUGGCACUUCUGCACAAACAACGUCAACUUUACAUACUCCAACGGACCCGACGAAGGCCCCUGCACACGCAGUUCCACCGCCACCCGCAAGCCCCGCGCGCUCAAAUUCAGUAUCAUCCGUCACGACGCAGCGCGCCUCGCAGCAAGCGGAAACCGUAGUCAACAACCCAACCCCGACUCUUGGAGCGGUGCCGCUCGUAACCGCGACACAUUCCGCGCAGCCGCCGGCAACUCUUCCCCUCACGACACCGCCUGAGACACCACUGUCAACAGCAUCCCAGGGCGAGACCAGCAACGCCAGCAGCACGGUCCUAGGAAAGCGAAGCGAGUCCGAAAAGGAGGAAAGCCAGGACCCUAACUCAGCUGAGCAGACACAGCUGCCAAAGAAGCGACGAGUAGCACCGACGCUGAUUUCAACAGGGACAGACUCAGCCUCAAAUGACAGGCCCCCUAAUACGGAUGUCGGGGGUUAG